AUGACCCAGAAAAUCAUGAAAAAAUCAAUCCUGAAGAAGGCAGCCAUGCGAAACGCACUCAUGAGAAAGACAGCCAUGAAAAACAAGACCAUGAAAAAGACAAUCACGAAAAAGACAACCAUUGACAAGACAAUCGCCUUUAAGGCUCUCGAACGCUCAACCGAAGACGACAGCUUCUUUGCAUUCGAGUUUCUUCCUCUCGAAGUUCAGAUUAUGAUCUUGAAGUACGUAUUCCCUGAUCAGCGUCUCAUCCGCAUGGAAUUUAGGACCAUAUUCAACAAUUCGAACAUGAUCUUGAAUUUUCAGAUGCUACCUGACAUGCAUCUCACACCACUGCUCAAUACCAACUGGCUAUUCAAUACAGAGGUUAAUAAGGAAUUCAAGAAAGUUGAGCUUCGAAAGUACUCUAGAGGUGCAAAGUCAAAGCUGUACAAGGCAUUGCAUGAUGAGAAUUACUCCCCUCCCAACUAUUUCUGGGAUCGUUGUGUUCGCAACAUCUUUUGUGGGAGGGGAUCCGGAUAUCGCUCUUUAGAUCAUGUCUAUAUCCGACCCGAGACUGACACAUUGAUCAUCGACUAUCGUCAGAUCUUCAUCCUUUACUUCGUUGGUGGGUCUAUUGACGUGUCAAAUGUCAAGCAUAUCGCCCUUGCCAAUUGCAGACCAUUUGUAUGGGAUUGGCCUUACUAUCCUCUCCCAGAUGAUGAUGUUGAUCGUUUAAUCCACGGUGUAAUCAGUGUCGAAUGUCCUAAUCUCAGAAAAAUGACAUAUAUCUUUUCAAGCCAGGACCCCAUGACCGAGAUACACAUCGAUACAGAAGAAGUGAUUUUCGAUGUCAACGACGAAUUCUACUAUCGAGAUUUCGAGUAUGAAGAUGGAUCAUUGCACGAAGACCGCCCCUAUGCCUUGAUGCAAACAAAGGCAGAAGUGGAUCAUUGCUUCAGAGAAUUUCUUAGACAGCCUAACGCUAAGUAUAGACUCAAGGACGAUGUUAUGAAUUUCUGGAAGAAUCACGUACCGGGUAUUGGCAUGAUUGCGCGGUUCGAUGCAGAUGCAGAUUGGCGCUUACGUAUGAAGCGCUGCCCAGAGCCUAGGUAUCAUUUUGUGGGAUUUGAUAUGUACUUGCCCGCUCAUGCUGAUGGAACGAUUCUGAAUCAGUAUAAGGGAUUGGCGCAAAUCUUUGAGGGCGCACCAUGGUAG